CAAGCCCGGGGCUCCCCCCCGCCCGCGCGCAGGCCGAGCGCCGCCCGGCGCGCCGCCCCAUGGCCUACCGCUACUCGCGCGGCCAGGCUGGGCAGCCGGGCGGCGGCCCUCGCGCCGUGUCGCCGCAGCCGGGGGGCGGCAUGCUUAGUGGCAGCGCGGGCGCGCGGUCGCUGCCGGGCGCUGGAGAGGGGCGGCAAGGCGGCGCUGGCCCGGAGGAGAGGUCAUCCUGCAGAUGGAGCAGGAGAUCGCCGAGCUGCGCAGCGCGUGCGCCCGCAAGGACCAGCGCAUCGCGGAGCUGGCGCGGGCAGACACCCCCGCAGGCCGCCUCAGGCGCGACGUUCGGCAGCUCGCCGGGGAACUGCACCGGGCGCGCAGGCGGCUCGGGGAGCUGCAGGAGAGGGCUGCACAGCGCGGGCUCCGCUGCCGGCAGCCCCGCGGCCGCCGAGGCGCAGGCGCAGGCGCAGGCGCAGGCGCAGGCGCAGGCGCAGGCGGAGGACGCGCAGCUGCGGGACAGGGUGGCCGACUUGCAGGAGAGAGAACCGGCAGCUCCGCGAGAUGGUGACGCAGCUGAAGACAAGCCAGUCCCGCGAUUCAAGCUUGGAUGUGUUGCACCAGGCACACACGACUGUCUCCGCGGCCACCGCCACCAUGAUGCCGGGAGGCUACCCCAGAGCCGACGCCGCGGCCCACUGGCCGCCAGCAGCUCCGGCGCAGCCGGGGGGGCCGGAGGAGGCCCCGCGGCAGAUCGUCUACUCGACCGGGCCUGGCGGGCCACGACAACGUCUCGACGCUCGGCAUCACGCCGCUGCAGGGCGUGGGCACGGUGGACGGCGUCGCCUCCGUGGCGAAGGUGCUUCUGCAGCGGUUGCGGUCCUCCGUCUGCUCCGUCCACCAGCGCCAAGCUGGCAUGCCGGCGCAGCCCCUGGGCCAGCUGCAGCCCCAGCAGCUCGGAGUGGCGCAGGUGGCGGGGCAGCCGAUGCAGCAGAUCUUCGCCGCCCAGAUCGGGCAGUUCCUGAGGCCCACCGCGUGAGGCCGCUUGCGGCCUCGUGCGCAAGGCCUGGCAGCGACGGGGCCUCAUCGCCGAGGGUCGUUUUUUGGCUCCCGCUCGUCCUCGUGCUCCUCCUCCUCGUCCUACUUGUCUGUCUUCUGUGCCCUCCAACCGAUUUCUGCAUUCGCGCGCACACGAAAUUUAGAUCUAGACAUUCUCGAGUGGCUUUGGCUCCCUAGGUCUGGCACGCUUCCGCACUGGGAGGCACACAGCUCGACCACGAAUGAUGUAGCAUAGAGGGAA